UUUUUGGGUAGAAAAUAUGCGAAGAUUAUUGUGACGCAAUUGCUAUUCUUUUCCUCAUUCAUACGACUGAUUAGUAAUGCAAUCACACCUUUCCGCACGAAUGGGAUCGACAUCGGGGCUUAUUGUCGUCUAUCGAAUGGCCAAUCUAUGCAAUUCAAUCACUCCUCAACAUCACGCUUCUGGAGUUCUUAACUGUUUAAACUGUUGACGUAAAUAAUAAAUUAUAUAGGUACCUAAAACACGCGGAAGGGCGUUUAUUUAAAACAAUUAUGCGUGGUUUUAAGGGGUUCUUUUAAGAAUAUUUUAUUGGUUUUUGAUAUUUUAUUAUUUUACGAAUGGUUGAGCACGUUUUUGGCAUAUAUUUUCUUAUUAUUAUUCUGACUUUGAUGAAUAAAUUAAAUUACAAAACAUGAUCAUAAAAACCAUUACGCAGAAUAUUUUCUAUUUAUGAUUAAAGAAAAUAUAUUCAUGAAUUCCCAAAAAGUGGAAUGAUUUUUUUGAGAGAAUUUUAAUUUUUAUGAUAAAGGGUUUGGGAAAAUUUUCCGAAUUGAAAGUUUAAAUAAAAUAAUUUUAAGCUUUACUUUCUAACUAAAAAGUUUUAACUUAAAAAACUAAUAUUAUCUUUAAAAUUUUUAUACUUUGUGCAUAAUGUCCUUUUUAAACGUUAAUCAGAAAAACCGCUUACUCGAUUUAAAUCAUACCUAGUGUAUCAGGAAAUUAAAUUAAAACUUUCUUGAUUAUAAAACAUCAGGGUGGUCCAAAAAUCGUCAAAGAAUUGAAAAUCUUAAAACUAUAAAACUUGAACAAAUUCCUAAAAAUCUAAUCCCCAGAAAAUGAUAACAGAUGAUAGUUAAAUCAAUAUUUUUUCUGAGAUGAACGUCUAUUUACUCUAGCUAGAGAUCAUUACAUAAUUACAUAAAGUAUUUAUAAAAUCUAAAGUCAAGAACUAUUAUUUUUUUUCUCUAAACAUUUGUUCAAACUAACGUGAAUCACUCGUGAAUGGGACGUGCUGGUUGUGUGGGAAAGAGUCAGCAAUUCUUCCCAAAGCCCCUUUGAGGCUUUGGGUCUAAGCUAGAGCGAAUGUUUUUUGUGCUUCGCUUCUCUUUCGCGCACCCAGCUGUGUUUAUUGAUUUGAUUUAAAUGACCUUGCGCCGACUAUGCCGUCACAGUCCAAGAGAAAAUUUUAGCAUUUUCAAUUGAGAUGCUCUUGUUCUGUGGAGCUGCUGAGAAGCCUCCCAGAGAGCUUAUCGCACCUUAUCUCGUGGAGUGUCAAGAGUUUGCUUAGCCGGAGAAGUAUACAAUUUUUUUGUCUGCCUUCGAUUAGGAGGAGCAAAUAUAGCUGCGACCGGUUGCGAGUGCGUGGUGUGUGUGCAAGAAAGUGAGAUAAACCACACAGAGUGCCUAACCGAAGGAAAAUGUUGCUCGUUAGUCGUGUUGUGAGAUUCACGGUGAAAUCAAGCAUCGUACCAAGUCUCCAGUAUUCGCGAAGGAUGAGUCUCCUGCUCAAUAAGGGUUUGAUCAAUGGUGAGUGGGUGGAGGCCAUUGGCAAGAAGAAGUUUGAUGUAUUCAAUCCGGCAACGGGAGAAACCGUGGGUUCUGUUCCCGAUAUGGGGGUUGAGGACACCACUGCAGCCAUCCAGGCAGCCCACGAACGCUUCCAGUCAUCCGAGUGGCAAAAUCUAACCGCCAAGGAACGUUCUGGACUGCUGAAGAAAUGGUUCCAACUCCUAAACGAGAACAGCGAGAAAAUAUCUCAGAUCAUGACCUCGGAGUCUGGGAAGCCCUUAAUUGAAGCUCGUGGCGAGAGUGUCUAUGGGAAUUCAUUUGUUGAAUGGUUCGCCGAAGAGACACGCAGAAUUUAUGGAGAAAUUAUUCCACCACCCUUCCCCAAUCGUCAGAUGAUGCUCACGAAGCAACCUAUUGGUGUGGCUGCUCUCAUCACACCCUGGAACUUCCCUCAUGCAAUGAUAACACGAAAAGCCGCCGCUGCCCUGGCUGCUGGGUGUACUGUUGUGAUUAAGCCCGCUGAAGACACUCCACUGACCGCAUUGGCUAUUGCAAAAUUAGCUGAAGAUGCUGGAUUCCCCAAGGGAGCAAUAAAUGUUGUCACGUGCAGCAGGAAGAAUGCUGCUGCUGUUGGUGAAGUACUCUGCAAGAGUGAACAAGUGGCUGGAGUAUCCUUCACAGGAUCCACAGCAGUGGGAAAGAUUCUCUACAGCCACUGCUCGGCGGGAAUCAAGAGAUUGGGAUUGGAAUUGGGAGGAAAUGCUCCAUUUAUUGUCUUUGAUUCUGCAAAUGUGGACAAAGCCAUUGCGGGGGCGAUGUCGUGCAAAUUCCGCAAUUGUGGACAAACUUGCAUAUCAGCCAAUAGAUUCCUCAUUCAGGAGGGCAUUUACCCGGCAUUCGUUGAGAAGCUAAAGGCAGUUGUUGAGAAGCUUGUUAUUGGUGAUGGAAAGAAGGAUGGCGUGAAUAUGGGGCCCUUGAUCAAUGAGGCUCAAUUCCGAAAGGUUUGGGAAAUUGUCGAUGAUGCAAAGAGCAAGGGAGCUAAAAUUCUGCUCGGAGGCAAUCCUAAACCAGACCUUGGGAAGCUAUUCUUUGAACCAACAAUUGUUGCGGAUGUUACUCCUGACAUGCGAAUGUACAAUGAGGAAAUUUUCGGGCCUGUGGUGUCCCUCAUUAAGUUCAAGACAGAGGAGGGAGCCCUAUCAGUGGCUAACAGCACCAAUAGCGGUCUCGCUGGGUACUUCUUCAGUGAGGAUGUGAGCCAGAUCUUCAGGGUUGCCAAGAAGAUGGAAACAGGAAUGGUUGGCAUCAACGAGAGCGCCAUUUCGUGCACUGAAGCCGCUUUCGGGGGUAUCAAGGAGUCCGGAUUGGGCCGUGAGGGGUCCCGUCAUGGCAUUGAUGAGUUUGUCUACACCAAGUAUCUGUGCCUCGGGAAUCUCAAUUGAUUUCCAGCAACACACCUUAUACCUGGUGUGGAUGUCUUCCAUGUUACAAUGUUAUCACAAAAAAAUUGAAAAACAAUAAAUUACUCUGUGAGAGAUUA